CCACUUACUGUCUGACAGAGCUGGCAGCGUUGCUGAGAAAGGAGGUCAGAGAGAGAAUGGGCAAAGAUCUGGGCACUGACUGUAACAUCUCUGUGUCAGGCCUGGAAACCAGCACCAGUGGUUCAAAUAGUUCAGAUUCUGACGGACUCCCAGUGCAUUUACUGAACCAGACUGCCCAACCAGAGAAAAGUGCAUUGAAGAAGAAAAAGAAACGCUUGAGGAGUCAUAAAGAGAGGAACAGGCUGCGACCAGAGAGAGCGAAGAGUAACACACAGCCAAAGGAGUCCAACCUACCCCAUGAGGACACAGUUAAGGACAGCAUUCAAGAGAGGCCUGUUGGAAGACACAGGCAGAAAUGGCAGGUAAACGGCCUGAUAAGAAAAGCUGUUAUCCCUCCUUCCACCACUCACACUGGGGAGGUCAGCCAGGUGACUCUGUGGCAGGGCUGCGAGCCUGUCAAGGACAACUGUCUGGAAAACAUGAAAGCUGCAUUCCUGCGUCGCAGGGCAAAAGCCUGUCCACAUCUCGGCACAUACACAGGUGACCCAGGGAUGGAUACAGGACACUGGAGAUGCUCCUCUCAGAUGUUGCACCUGAGCGCUCUCCUUCCAUCUUCACCGAAUUUCAUUCAUUCCAACCAGCAACUGCAUCACUGCCCCAGACAAUCCCUCAUCUCCUAUAAUGUCUACAGAGAGCUGCCGCCUUCCCUUACGGCGCCCCACAGGUCUCCCUCAUCCAUGUGUGUCAUGAUGGUUCCCGACAUUAUGCCAACAAAGCGCUUGGUGUCAUGUUUCACCGCUGACAAGUUCAACGGCCGGCAUAUUUUUAGAGACAGAAGAUCUUUACGGGUCUCAGAGCGUUACUUUGUGCCUAAGAAUUCCUCCACCUCACACGCAGACACAACCAAGACCAAACGGCAGAAUGUGGAGCAGGAAGAAGAUUCCUCAGAAGUGGGUUUGUCACUGGUGAGAUGUAUACCAUUUGGAGAGCAGAACCAGAGAGAUCUUCGUCUUGACAUACCCACGAGAGAAAUAGAAUCACGCAGCAAUUUAUUUGUGCCUGUGCUGAGGAGUGCAGACCUAAGAGAAAAACGACUGUGCAAAGAGACUUUGGGGGACAAAAGGCACCUGGGUGUGUUAUUCCCUCCAUCAAAGCCUUCAAGCCUCAUGAAGAUGGAACUUGCACGUCCACAGAGUGACACUCUCGCUAGGCUUCAGGCGAAGGACAUCAGGCCUUAUCACUCUGGAAGAGAAAGCCAAAUGACUAAGGCUCCAGUGGUCAAAAGACCAUCACAGUCUGCCCCACUGUAGGGCACAAUAUUUCUAAUCUCUCUGUUGUCUGGCCAGUGACGUAAACCUCAGGUGUUAAACGACAGAUAUGCUGGGACAAGAUGUUUAUUACCUUACUCACACACACAUCAUGACACAGCUCAAACUGCAUACAGACAGAAGUGAAACCCUCUAGUAAUAGUUUUUGAAAAUAGCUCCUAGUUUGAUGGUUAAUUAUGUGUCCCCUUUAAAAUUGUGAUGUAAUAUAAAACAGAUUUCUGCAUAAUGUUGACAGUGGUAAUCUACUUUCUGCAGUGUUGAUAUUGUCUUUAUGCUUGGAGAGUACACCGACACAAAGUCUGUGGUGCAUUACAUUAGCUGUCUGAUAAAUGAGACACAAGCUGCUGCUUUUUAAGAUUUUAUUUAUUGCAACACUGCAAAAACAACAGUACAAUCCAGUGGAAUAUAAUGUGAAUAAAAUACAAAAAUAAAUCAUGGGGAGGAAA